AUGGCAGUUUAUUCAACAACUGAUCAAAUAUAUAUGAGAAAUUUGGCAGUGGAUGCCAGCAAUAACAUAUACACCCUUGGAACAAAAUCAGAUGGCAUAAUUUACUCUAAGUUUGAUCAGACAGGAACUAAGGUCUGGUCAAUGAAAAUUGGUUCUGGAACUGUUACGGCACAAGGAAUAGCAUUAGAAACUUUUGGUUGGGAUACUAUUUAUGCUACAGGAUCUGCUUCUUCCUCAACUCUCAACCAGAAUUUAAAUAACGAUGAUAUAUUUCUUCUUUCAGCAGAUACAACUACCGGGAAUUCAAAUUGGAUUAGAUAUUGGGGUGGCACUUUAGGAGACUAUGGCGCUAAACCUGCAGUAUCCCCUGAUGGCUCUAAAAUAUUGGUGUCUGGGUAGUAGGAUUCUUUUUUAUUGCCCACAAUGAGUACAGGCAGUAUUCUCUUAUUAUUUGAUUUCAAAGGAAACUUUUACUGGUCUAAGACCUAUACUUCUACGACAUAUAAUGGCUUUAAUUCUAAAGAUAUGAUAUUCAGCAAAUAAGGAGAUUAUUUCUAUGAAUCCAUUAAUGUGAAACUGUCCAAUAAUAAAAUUAAUACACUGCUGAGAAAGUCUAUACUUUCAACUACAGUAGCAUCUAGUUUCUCUUAAUUGAUAGGCUCAUCUACAGGAGAUAUAGUUACAACUCAGGGAUUAGCUCUGACUCCUGAUGAGAGUUUUAUUAUUUACCCGACUGCAAAUUCUAAUGCUGACUACAGGAAAACUGCGAAUUCAGAAGUAUUACUUUUAUGCUAUUAUACUAGUAAUGGAAACGUUAACUGGAUAUCACAACUUUAUUAUACAGGAAAAGCUUUAUCUGUACUCAAUGGAGAUAUUAGCCCCGAUGGAACAAAAUAUUAUACUAUGGUCUACGUCAAUGGAUAAGGUUAGGGUAUAUUUACAUCUAAAGUUUUUGACGGUACUUAAAUUAGGUUUAGAAAAUGGAUGGGUAACUAUAAGUCAUACUCUUUUAAAGUAAACUCUCUUGAUAGAUUGAUCAUUUCAACAGAUGCUGAUUCUGGGGCAUUUAAAAUAGGUUCUAAUAACAAUAUGAUUAUAACAUCUUGGGAUUAUGCAAUGGAUGACUUAACCUGUUCCUCUUUUAGCUUUGCAACAGACAACAAUGCUUUAUCAUCUUUAUUUACAGAUGUAACUUUGUCAACUCCUACAUUUGUUGAUCUAAAGAUCUAAGAUAUCUAUAGGAAAGCCGUAGAUACUACUGGGGCAAAUACAGCCGCUUCAUUAACUUUAAUUGUAUAGAACUUAUUGAAUUUGUGCACUGGAAAUACUCUAAUAUUUCCAUCAUCAGUUUCAACUUAAACUUUAACUAUUGGAGAUACUUUAACUCUUAGUUAGACUGCUUUUUGCUAUCAAGGAACAGGAUCAGGAUCAGCUACAUCUGUUUAUACCUCAACUUAACCAGACGGCUAAACUUUGCCAUCAUGGUUAACUUUUAAUCCUUUGACUAGAACAUGGUCAGGAAGUCCCUCGACAUCAGGAGUUAUAUAUGUUUCUAUGAGAGCUGAUUAUACAAUAAGUUCAGUGAAUCAUGCGGUUGUAUCACUUUUUAAAAUUGUGGUAAAAAAUACACCCCCAUAUAUGUAAUACUCAAUCCCCUCUGUUUCAAAGAAAACUGGUACAUUUUUCAAGUAUCAGAUAGACACAAACACAUUUGGGGAUGCAGAAGGUGAUUCUUACUAAAUAUAUGCUUUUAACUCAGCAGCCCCUGAAGAACCAUUACCAGGAUGGUUAUUCUUCAACAGAUUUAAUAAUACUUUUUCUGGGAUAUCACCUAAAACUCAAAGCUUGGAUGUUAUAGUUUAUGCUAUAGAUAGUGCAGAUCAAGUAGUAUCUACUACUUUUACUCUUACAAUUACUAAUAAUGCACCUAGAAUUAUAACUUACAUUCCUGAAAUGGUCAUUAAUACAAUGGAGUAGUUUAAUUACAAGAUUCCAUCAAACUACUUUGCUGACGCUGAUGGGGAUAAAUUGAAAAUAACAUCAGAUAUAAGUUCUACAGAUUGCCUAAAGCAAUGGCUUUCCUUUAAUUAAGCUUCAUCCAGUUUUUCUGGAAUACCUCCUUAGCAAUGUAAAGGCUCUUAUACAAUUACUUUGACUAUCUCAGAUGGAUUUACAGGUGGAUCAAUAACUGAUUCAUUCAGCUUAACUGUAAAUGCAAAGCCUACUUAGCACUAGACCAAUGGAUUUAUUCCAGAAGAAUAUGUUUUUGGACUAGGUCAGAAUACAAUUGACUUAUCAUAAUACUUUGAGGAUUUAGAUUCAGGUUCAGUAUUAACAUAUUCAAUUACAAAAGCAAAUGGCUAAUCUACUGGUACUUGGAUCACAAUAAAUGCGAAUACAGGUUUGUUGACAAUCAAUGCAGUAGCAACCAAUGCUGGGGCUAUAUAACUUCUAGCUACUGUAGCUGAUUCAAGAGGAUCUGCAUUUUAACAGGGCUUCAGAAUAAUUAUCAAUAGUGUUCCUAAAAUCAACGAAUCUAUGGAAACCUUGCAAGCGACAGUUGGAAUUACUUUUGCAAAAAUACUAUCUCCGACAUUGUUUAAAGAUCCAGAAAAUCAAAAACUCAAAAUUACAUGUACCUAGAAUGGGGGUCUGGCUUUACCAAGUUGGCUAAAAUUUGACAUACUUUCAAAUCAGUUAUAUGGAACUCCUGCAUCUACUGAUAUAGGCUCAUCCAUUUUAGAGUUAAAGGCAACUGACAACUAUGGACUUGUAACUUCAUUACUUUACGUUAAUUUGGAAAUAAAAUCCAAUAAUCCACCAAUUAUAAGAUUUGGAUAGUCAAUGGCUGCCUAAACCGUUAAGAGUAACCUAGAUUUCUCUUUCGAAAUACCAGACAAAUUAUUUUAGGAUCCAGAUGGAGAAAGUGCAGUAUUAAAUCUACUACUAGCUGAUGGAAGUGACUUGCCCUCCUGGAUAAAAUUCACCCCGCUAAAUAGACUUGUAUAUGGUACAGCUACCACAAAUUUAACUUCUCUUAAUUUGAAGAUUCUCGCUAGUGACUAGAAAAGAGCUACAGCUUCUGCAACUUUCUCUCUCAACAUAGUUAAGAAUAAAGCUCCAUUAGUCCUGAAUGAGAUAGGAAAAAUAUAGGUGUAUAUGAACAUAUACUUCCAAUAUUAGAUUCCAGAAUCGAUAUUUAGAGAUGAAGAUGCAGAUGAGUUGUCAUACUACAUGGCUUAAUAUGAUGUUAAAAAUUAAAUUCCCCCAUGGCUUAAAUUUAUACCAGGUAACAGAACUCUGAAUGGGAUGGCUAAGGAUGGGGAAGGCUAAACUUUAAUGUUCAAGAUUUUUGCUGAUGAUGGUAGAGGUGGAGUCAGUUAUCAAGUUUUAUAUCUUGAGAUUAAUGCUAAUUAUGAUUUAGGAAAGCUCAUUCCUUUAAUUGUCUUGGGAUGGCUACCUAUAGUAGGAAUAUUUGGUUUUGCUUUUGCUAUGGCUUUUGUAAAGGUACCAUCACUAGGUAAUGAUCAUAUUUUAUAAGGCAACUCAAAAGUGGAUUAUGAUACAUUGAGAAUGGCGCUUGAAGAAUAAGUAAGAUAUAAAAAGAGAUAGUAGUAACUAACUUAAAAUGAGGAGAUUAUAUAUGAAUAAAUAUGA